CAUGACGCUUGAGUUUUGUCGUCUUCUGUGGUUUCCUUACAAUUGUUUUCAGAUGGAAUGGCAGAUCUUGAUAGUUAUGGGAGUAAUGAGCGGGAUGUUGAGCAAGCAUUCCUCUCUUUGAAAAAGGGAACUCAGCUAGUUAAGUAUAGUCGGAAAGGGAAGCCAAAAUUUUGUUCAUUCAGGCUCUCACCAGAUGAAACAAAGCUUAUUUGGAUUUCUCGUGGAAGGGAAAAGAACCUAAACUUGUCUUUUGUUUCACACAUUAUCCCAGGACAAAGAACAGCAGUCUUUAGAAGAUACUUGCGUCCUGAAAAGGAUUAUCUGUCCUUUUCACUUAUUUUUAAAAAGGGGGAACGGUCACUUGAUCUGAUCUGCAAGGACCAAGCUGAGGUAGAGGUAUGGUUUUCAGGCCUUAAGGCAUUAAUUUCCACUGGAGAGCGUAGCAGGCGUGGUAGAAGUAAUUUCACCGAUGAUAGUGUUCACUUUGUUCCAAAUGAUCGUCCUUCUGCUGGAUCACUAGAGUUAGCAUCAAGCAUUGCCCGUGGCAGGUUUUCUGUUGAUUCAGUGCCUCGUGAAUCUACAUCGUCUUGGCCAAGAUCAGAUGUGGGGUCUGAACGUGCAAAUAUGCCACUAAGGACAAGUGUUGGAGAAGGUUCUCGUGUUAGUGUGUCAAGUAUUAGCCACUCAAGUAGUGUAGGAUCAGGGCUAGAUGACAUAGAAUCUCUAGGUGAUGUUUAUAUAUGGGGAGAGGUUUGGGCAGACGGGAAUUCAUCUGAUGGAUUGGGGAGUCAAGUCCCUUCUAAGACAGAUGUGCUGAGUCCUAAGCCAUUAGAGUCUGAUGUUGUUCUUGAUGUUCAACAAAUUGGGCCUGGUGUACGACACAUUGCUUUGGUUACAAGGCAAGGAGAGGUUUUUACCUGGGGAGAGGACUCUGGGGGAAGACUUGGUCAUGGGUUUGAUAAAGAUUUUGGUCAACCUCAUCUUGUGGAGUCCUUGGCAGUUACUAAUGUGAGUUUUGUUGCAUGUGGUGAAUAUCAUACAUGCGCUUUAUCUAUGUCAGGUGAUCUAUUCACCUGGGGUGAUGGUACAAAUAAUAUAGGACUCCUUGGCCAUGGCACUGAUGUUAGCCAUUGUAUACCAAAGAGGAUUAAUGGUCCUUUAGAGGGACUUCAGGUUGUAUCUGUAGCAUGCGGUGCAUUGCAUUCAGCAUUAGCAACCUCUAAUGGAAAACUUUUCACUUUUGGAGAUGGAAGAUUUGGUGUCUUGGGCCAUGGAGAUCGAGAGAGUGUGUCAUAUCCAAAGGAGGUACAGUUAUUGAGUGGACAAAAGGCUAUUAAGGUUGCAUGUGGAGUGUGGCACACAGCAGCCAUUUUAGAGGUUAUGGAUCCGUCUGGUUCAAAUGCUUCAAAUAGGAGGCUCUUCACAUGGGGUGAUGGUGACCAAUAUCGUUUGGGUCAUGUAAACAAGGAUACUUACCUUCAACCAACUUGUGUAGUAGCACUCGCUGAGUAUAAUUUUAACCAGGUUGCAUGUGGAUACACUAUGACUGUUGCACUCACUGUAUCUGGUCAUGUUUUUACUAUGGGCAGCACAGCAUAUGGUCAACUAGGAAAUCCAAUGUCUGAUGGAAAAGUGCCAAUUCUGGUGCGGGAUAAAUUAGUAGGUGAGUUUGUGGAGGAAAUAUCAUGUGGAGCACAUCAUGUUGCUGUAUUGACUUCAAGAAGUGAUUUAUAUACUUGGGGGAAAGGUACCAAUGGAAGAUUAGGACAUGGAGACACAGAUGACCAGCAAACUCCAACAUUGGUGGAAGCCUUCCGAGACAGGCAUGUAAAGAAUAUCUCGUGUGGAUCCAGCUUUACAUCUUGUAUAUGCUUACAUAAAUGGGUUUCUGGGGCUGACCAAUCUUUUUGCUCUGAUUGUCGACAACCAUUUGGUUUUACUAGAAAAAGGCAUAAUUGCUAUAAUUGUGGAUUGGUGUAUUGCCAUCCUUGUAGUUCAAAAAAGGCAUUGAAAGCAGCAUUGGCUCCUACACCUAGCAAACCACAUCGUGUGUGUGAUGCUUGUUAUGCUAAGCUAAAAGGUUCUGAUAAUGCUUCGAAUUUUAAUAGAGAAAUUAGUCAUCCCUCUAGUUCCAUAUAUGGAAGGGAAAAAUUUGACCGGGGAGAGGUAAGGUCUUCAAGAAUUCUCUUGCCUCCCACCACAGAACCGGUAAAAUACCUUGAGAUAAGGACCAAUAAACCUGGAAGUAUACAUGACACUUCUUCCAUAGUUCGAGCUGCUCAAGUUCCUACACGUUUACAAUUGAAAGAUGUUGCAUUUCCAAGUUCAUUGAGUUCCGCGCAGAAUAUUUACAAGUCCGUUAUACAGCCAAUUCAACCUCCAACUUCACCUGCCACAGCUACUUCUUCAAGACCUAUGUCACCAUAUGCUAAAAGACCACCCAGCCCACCACGUUGUUCCUCCCCAGGAUUUUCAAGAAGCCUUAUUGAUAGUUUAAGGAAGAAAAAUGAUCUUUUGAAUCAAGAAGUCUCAAAAUUGCAAAACCAUAUUCGAAGCAUAAAACAAAAGGGUGACAUGCAAGAUAUGAAGAUUCAGGAGCUUCACAAAAAUGUUGAGAAAACCACGUCACUGGCUGGAGAGGAAUCAUCUAAGCUUAGAGAAGCAAAGGAAUUUAUUAAGUCCAUGACAGAUAAGUUGAGGGAAGUGACUGAGAAGUUGCCACCAGAGAUUGCUGAAAAUGAAACCUUGAUAUCGAUGCGGGCUCAAGCAGAAGAAUUUCUUAAUGAAAAGACUGAUAUUGAAUCUUCUUCCUCCUCGCCGAGCCUCGAGUCUGAGCAACAAAGUGCAACUGAUAUACCUGCCUCUGAUAGUGACUCUUCAAAACUGAAAGAGCAAGGACUGGAAGCAAAUGAUGAUGCUUCAGGGAUUGUUCCAUCUACAUAUGGAGGAAAUAUUCUUGAAGAAAGCAACAAUGAAUCGAUGCCUAAUAAUGCAUCUGUGUCUAGUACAGGAGUGCCUCCAACGAGAUCAGAAAAUAGUUCAAGAUCAAAUGAUUCUCGUAUACCUGCGAGAGAUGGAGAAAGAUCAGUCAUUGAACAAUUUGACACUGGUGUUUAUAUCACACUUAUAGUACAACCUAAUGGUAGCAAAGUUUUCAAACGAAUUAGAUUCAGUAAGCGAAGAUUCAAUGAACAACAGGCAGCAGAAUGGUGGAGCAAAAACAAAGAUAGGGUGUUUAGUAGAUACAUUCCAGCAGCCACACAGAAUGCAAGUACUGAGUCAUCCAUUACCCCUCCUGCUGAAGAUAAUGUUGAAGCAUUACCUUCUUAAACUUAUUUGUCACUAGGCAUCCCGUAGUCCUAUGAAAUGAUCCAGAGAAUAGAAGCAGCAUCAAUCUUAAGUGU